GGGUGUGUACUGCGCUUGUGCUUCCUUGCGUGUGGGGUUUAUUUCUUCUGUCCUGGGGUUUGGUUGGCGUCUGUUGUUUUUUGGGGCAGGGUACAGCUUUCCUUUUACCCUAAAUAGACUGGACUAGGUAGCGGAAGAAUGAAAAAGUUGGCAAGGCUGCAAACAAUUUUAUAUAUUUGUGAAACACAAGUACUUCCCAGAGGAAAUCGGCCAAUGGGCUGUGACUGUAAUCUAAAAGGCUUGUGUGAAUGACCGAUUAUGUAGGCGUGUUAAGUGUUGAGGGUAUAGUCCAAGUCUGGUCACAGUUAGUGUUGACCGCUUGAGGUUGUUGAGAGUUGACAGCUCUUUGUACCGGCGCGGCCUGUGUACUGCUUGUUUAGUUCCUACAGAGACGGUUCUGUUAUAAUCGCUACUGUAUUUGUAUCUGUCAUUAUGUCUUGGUGGAACGUGUACCGCACCAACGUUAACAUGGCUUUCAAAGAUAUCAACCCUGACAUUGACACUGAAAGGAAAGGCUGUAAUUUUGACGUUGAGAAACUAACCCAUGUGUUAGACGGGGGUGCAGAUAAUACACAUAUUAGAAGGAAAGUGGAGGGAGUCCUCAAACAAGACCUUUUAACUAACCUAGAAGAAUUGUAUUUCAUGAAUCGAGAAGAGAGGUAUUUAAGGACUAUUAGAAAUGUGGUGUACAUUAAGAAGAAGAUGGAAGAAAUGAAUUGGGCAGAGGAUGGACCUGAAAGUGAAUACGUCUUUAGAGCAGUGAAGGGUGAAUUUGGAUUUCCCCUUCACAAUGGAGUAUUCAUUCCAUGCAUCAAUGCACUGGGCACUGAUGCUCAGAUUGCAAAAUGGAUUCCUCUGUCCAAAAGUUACCAAAUUAUUGGUAGUUACGCACAGACAGAAAUGGGUCAUGGUACGUACCUUCGUGGACUGGAAACAACAGCAGUGUAUGACGCCAGCACUCAAGAGUUUGUGAUUAAUAUGCCUACUGUAUCUGCAAUGAAGUGGUGGCCUGGUGAUAUGGGACGAUCAGCAACACAUGCUGUAGUGUUUGCUCAGUUGUACACCCAGGGCAAGUGUCAUGGUAUGCAUCCCUUCAUUGUUCAGAUUCGCAGCCUUGAAGACCAUUCACCUUUGCCAGGAGUAAUGGUUGGUGACAUUGGUCCAAAAAUGGCUUUUGAGCAAGUGGACAAUGGAUAUUUAAUGUUAAGUGAUGUUCGCAUUCCAAAAGAAAACAUGUUAAGCCGCUACUCUAAGGUUUCUGAUGAUGGAAUGUAUAGAAAAAGAGGUAGUGAAAGAAUGAACUAUUUCACCAUGGUUAUGGUACGAGUUAAUGUAGUUGCUACUGAAGUGAUACCUAGCCUUUUAAAGGCCUGUACUAUUGCAAUUCGAUACUCUGUAAUAAGACGCCAGUCAGAAUUAAAGCCAGGGGAAAAAGAAGCAAAAAUCCUAGAUUACCAGACACAGCAGAAAAAGCUACUACCCCAGUUAGCCACAGGAUACGCUGCUCAUUUUCUAUCAGUGGGCCUAAAAACUUUUGCCAAUCAGGUGUACAUGCAGAUUAAGACCAAAGGAGACUUCUCUUCUUUACCUGAGCUUCAUGCUCUAACGACUGGCCUGAAAGCCUUCAUAACAGACUCUUGUAUUGCUGGAGUAGAAGAGUGCCGUAAAGCCUGUGGUGGUCAUGGUUACUCUGUGCUGAGUGGUCUUCCCUCACUUUCCACAAGAACUUCGGCAUCAUGUACAUAUGAAGGUGAGAACACGGUGAUGUUUCUACAGACAGCCAGAUUUUUAUUUAAGUGCCUUGCUGCAGCACAGUCUGGGCAGAGUCUCCCUCCAUCUGUAGCUUAUUUGUCUGAAUCAGAUAUCAAGUCCAGGACAGUGAGCAAAAAGAAUGUCUUAAAUCCAGAUACUUACGUAGAGACUUACAGACACAGGGCAUGCAGGCUCAUUAAGGAAGCUGCAAGCAUGCUGCAGUCUCAGAUACAGUCAGGAGUCGAACAGUAUGUGGCUUGGAAUAAUUCUUCUGUAAAGCUUGUGCAGGCAGCAGAGGGCCACUGUUAUUAUAUUACUGUGAAAACAUUUGUAGAAGCCCUUGAACAACUGAGACAUGAACCAGAAAUCCAUAGAAUCGUGAAACAGCUAUGUGACCUUUAUGCAUUACAUGGCAUUCUUUCUCAUACAGGUGACUUCCUGUAUGAUGGGUUUGUGACAAAAGAACAAAUGGAUCAAAUAAAUCAAUCAUAUUUGGAACUAUUGGCUUUACUUAGGAAGGAAGCAGUUCCGUUAGUGGAUGCCUUUGAUUACGCAGACGAGCAGUUGGCAUCAGCAAUUGGCUGUUAUGAUGGACAAGCCUAUUCCCGACUCCUUGAGUGGGCAAAAAAAUCUCCUGAUAACCCAAAGGUAAAGGAAACCUUCAAGCAGUACUUGAACUCUCUUUUUGUGUCACCUGUGUCUAAGCUAUGAAGAGGACCAUUUUCUUCUGCCCUGCACACACGACAUGUUUUAGCAUUGCAGAUCAUGCUGCAUGGAAGGAUUUCUUCAAAACUCCGACUCACAAUGAACAGUGCCAAAUUUUAAUAUAUAAAACCGCAUCCUUUAAGAUUAUCUGUGCCAUAUAAAAGAUAAUACUUGUAAUUUGUAGGUUUAACUGUCAUUGAUCUUACUGUUUUUAUAAAUUAACUUGAUUUGCUGUAAAUUGUUACCUAAUGACUGGCCCAGGUAUUUUAAUAUGUACGUAUUUUGCUAGUUAUGUUUGCCUAGCUGAAAUCUUUAGGUACAUGUUAAAGGCUGAAGUCAGUCAGUAUCUCAUGACCAGCUCACUGGAUAAAGGUUUUGGUCUUCAUAGUUCCAGUAGGAACCUAAAUGCAGCAGACUCAAUAUGGGAGAGAAGACUGAGUUUGUGGAUGCCUGCUUUCCCAUCUCAAGCACCUGGCAAAAAAAUCCUUAUGUGAAUAUACCAAGGGCAGAGACUGAGGAGAGUGGACAAUCUGCUAAAUGCCAUUGCUGUCUACAAGUCAUCGAACCUGUAAAGUAUGAAAUGCAACAAGAGCACAAAGAACAACUUCAGUUAUUUUCCUUGCUAGUUGUCAUUGCUCAUUUAGUGUUCAGUCGGCGGACCUCAUUAAGUAUUAUGUAGCCUCCCCAUGGAUUCCAGGGGGUAAUCCCUAUGCCCUAUCACAUUUUUUAAAUCUUUAGUGGGCCACAGCAGUCUUGGAUGUUGAGGUCACCAGAAAUACAUCCAGUACAACAAGUCUAGUCAUGUUUUAUACUGCACACAAACAGUUCUCAUAUUGUCCUUGCAGGAAAUCAUAUUUUUAUGGAUCUAUUUAUGUAAUCCUCCCUUCUCAAAGUCACAUAUUUCUGUGUCUUAUUGUUCCACUAGUUACCUUUGUACAAGAUUUGUACUUUUAAUCAGCCAUUUGAUCACCUCAGUCAGUGCUUCCCAAAUGGUAAGGCCAGUCUCCUUGUAGAGGCUUUGGCCUGUUUCAAGACAGGCACAAAGCACGUCUGAAAAAGAUGUACUUAAAAUGCUAUCUGUGUCAGUAUUAUGACAAAUAGGGUUAAAGUCUGAAGAAUUAUAUCAAAGAAUGUGUGUAUUACCAGAAAGCAAAUCAUUAAUAAAUAUAUUAAGCAAAUUA